AUGAUGAUUUGUCUAUCCGCUCUACUGGUUGUUCCGUAUAUUGUAUCAGAUAUGCUAUGUGCUGGAGAGAAAGCACUAGAGAUACGACUCUCUAUCCUUCAUGGUCCCUCGUUCGCUUUCAUUCCUGCUCUCCAUACUUUCCAAGCGGAAUUUCCAUGUAAUUCAGAUACAAGCACUAACAACUGGGAAGAGAAAAUGCAAAUGAUUUCCGGAAGUUGUCUCAUUGCUGUUCUCAUCAUGCCGUUUCUCGGUUUCACUGGUCUUAUUGGAAAGAUUUCGAAAUACAUUGGGCCAGUUACAAUAGUCCCAAUUAUGAGUUUAUUGACAAUUGGUACCGUGCCAGAUAUCGAAGAGAAAAUGGGAUUACACUGGAUCUCUAUUGUGUCAGAAGCUAGAACUGACAAGAAUGUCAGUCUCGCUGUUUUCGAAAAGACUCCAUGGAUUCAAAUUCCAAAACCCUUGUUUUUCGGAGCACCCAAAUUCAACGCAGCUUUGAUUUGUGGAUUCAUGGCAUCAUGCUUUGCAGCAAUGAUUGAAAGUAUCGGCGACUACAAUCUCUGUGCCAAGAUUUCCAAACAAACUCGUCCACCCCCCUCGAACACAAAUCGCGCUUUUGUUGUAGAAGGCGUCGGUUGUAUUCUGGCAGCUCUUUGGGGUGUUGGUACUGGAAUAACGUGUUACGCAGAGAACAUUGCUAUCAUGUCUGUGACAAAGGUGACAAGUCGUAUCACAAUGCAGAUGGCAGGGCUUCUUCUUAUCUUCGCAGGUAUCAUUUCAAAGUUUGCCGCCUUCUUGUCAAUGAUUCCUGAACCGAUCAUUGGAGGACUUCUUGCAAUGGGAGUAUGUCUGAUAAAUGGAGUUUCAUUGAGUAAUUUACAAACCGUUGAUAUGAAAAUAUCCAGGAACUUGACUAUCAUUGGGAUAGCAAUUAUCAUGUCGAUCACGACAGCGAGCCAUUUUGAAAAGACCCCGUUAAACACUGGCAACAAAACCGUGGACGAUGUUUUUGGAACUCUCCUAACUAUUCGAAUGCUCAUUGGAGGUCUCAUAGCGUUUACACUAGAUAAUAUUGCUCCUGGAGCUACUAGAAAGCAGCGUGGAUUUGUGGAUGAUGAUGAUUAUGAUGACGAUGAUGAAAAAGAGGCACUGACUAGUGUUGAACACAAUGGAUAUGCACUUCCAUCAUCUGUAAACCAGUUCCUCUUGAGAUAUCCUUGGCUAACAUAUCUACCAGUGAUACCUUCAAGAAAGGAGAUUAAAGAUAUUGAAGACGAGAGGCAAGGAGACAUUGGAAAGGAGAAAAUAUAA